AUGCCUGAACACGUCUAUGGAAAAAUCUCAUCUCAGCUUUUUGAAUCGAAUGAUUUUCUUCAAGAUAUGGCUAAAUUUUAUGUUGAUGAUCAAAACUUUCAGGAUGUUAAAAUUACUGUACAGGAGAAAAUAUUUGGAGCACACAAAGCUGUUCUUGCCGCACGUAGCAAAGUUUUUGCAGUAAUGUUUACGAACGAAGUGUCUGAAAAAUGCAACUCAUUAGUUGAAAUUAAGGAUAUGAUGCCAGAAGUGGUUGAAAAGAUGCUUAGUUUUAUUUAUAUAGAUAAAGUCGAGGAUUCGGAAUUAAAGAAGUUUGCCCCGGAAAUUUUAGCUGCAGCAGAAAAAUACAAUUUACAAAGCCUGAAGAAAAGGUGUGUUGCAGCCAUGCACCGAAAUCUGAGUGUUGAAAAUGUCCUCAAUACUUUGGAAGUUGUUGAUACAUAUUCGAUUUCAAAUUUAAAGAAAGUAGCCUUGAAGUACUUGGUAACACACCGUCAAGAUGUAAAAAGUCAGGACGAAUUUAAAACCCUAAUUGCUGUACGUCCACAUUUAGUUGUGGAAAUGAUUGAUAUUCAGGAUAACAUUCCAGGAACUUUAUCAUAUGAUUAA